AUGUCUUUCAACACCAAAAACACAACUAUCCAGCUUGGAGAUACUGUGAUUGCAUAUGUGAAUCCAGAAAAUAUGAAGAAUAUCCAAAUUACAAUCGACGGCAAGUACCAAAAUCGAUUUGGCACAUUUUUUCAUCACGAUAUGAUAGGAAAGCAAUGGGGAUGCAAGUUACCUACUAGAACCAAUACUGGAUUCAUUUAUCUACUUGAACCUACGCCAGAGUUAUGGACUCUGGUAUUGCCGCAUCGAACUCAGAUUCUAUACCAACCAGAUAUUUCGCUCAUUUCAUCAUUCUUGGAACUACGGCCUGGAACUAAAGUCAUUGAAGCAGGAACGGGAAGUGGAUCGUUUUCUCACUCUGCUGCACGAUCUGUUUCACCUGAUGGCAUGGUAUAUUCGUACGAGUUUCAUCAAGAACGUGCCGAAAAGGCCAAGAGCGAGUUUGCCGACCAUGGACUAAGUCAUAUAAUUACCAGCUCUCAUCGUGAUGUGUGCAAAGAUGGAUUUGGCAUUGAGAAACAAGUUACUGCAGUAUUUCUUGACUUGCCCUCGCCAUGGGAAGCACUGGAGCAUACAAAGCUGACAUUUGAUCCUACACGUGUUGGUAGAAUAUGCUGCUUCAGUCCCUGCAUAGAGCAAGUUCAGCGCACUUGUGUUGAGUUACAAAGACUUGGGUUCCAUGAUAUUCGAAUGUUUGAGUGCCUAGUCAGACCCUAUGAUAUCCAAAUGGUCAGUAACGAAGCGUUACCACUAGACAAACCAACACCUAAAGGAAGUGGAAAGAUAUAUAAAAGACAGCUAAACAUGGACGGAUCUACUAGCGAGAAUGUUGUUUUGGCAUCAAAGCCUAUGCCGAGUGUACGUGGCCAUACUUCAUUUUUGACCUUUGCUCUUCUGCUUCCUGUCGAAAAAGACAUUUCAGAAACUGAUCAAGUUGCUCAUGACAGCGAAUAA